UGUAUAUGUGAAAAUGUAUAUAACUGCCUUUAUAUUUUAGGAAGGGGAUUCUUGCAAGGGAAUCAUCUUAUUUUGGGGUCCUUGGCACCCCCAAGGUAAGAGGAGGCGGCAGAUUAAACUCCUCCAUAUGGAAGGUUAAGGAGACAUGCAUAUUAAUGACAGUGAUGUGGCACAUGAUCAAUGGCUUUUAAUUGCUUUUCCUGGUUUGUGGAACAAAGUGCCAUUAACUAUUGAUCUGCUGAAGAAAAGGCAACUCACGCGCCAGCACUGGGUGAAGCCUGCCAUAAUGGGUAUCAGGAAGGAUACAAGAAAGCGGCGGUGUUAACAAGCCAUACAUCAGUGUCAGUCCUGGAGGAUGCUGUUGUCUUUUUAUGCACACCUGGUAGACUGCUUGACUACACGCCAACAGCCACAGCAGGUGCUGCUGGGUGAUAGAGAGAAAUCCAAAAUGAUGUUUAUUGCAGCAGCUCACAGCACCAGAGACUCACAAUAUGAAGAUACUGCAUGAUUGAGAAUAUUCUGCUUCUGUUCUGUGGUAUUGAUAUUUUUCAGGUGAAGUAUUAGCCAUAAGACUAAUUAUGUCAUGUGAGGAAAUAUACCUAUUUUUUUUAAACUGCUCACCCAGGCUGCAUUUAUUUGAUCAAAAAUAUUAUUAAUAUUUAAAAAUGAAUAUAAUUUAUUCCUUUGAUGGAAAAGCUGAAUUUUUAGCAUCUUUACAUCAGUCUUCAGUGUCACAUGAUCCUUCAGAAAUCAUUCUAUAAUAUGCUGAUUUGCUGGUCAAGAAACAUUUAUUAUUAUUACCAGUGUGGACAACACUUGUGCUGCCUAAUAUUUUUUACUAAAUUGUUUUUGGGAUUCUUUGAAUAGAAAGAAUAGAACAGCAUUUUUUUAAAUACAAUUUUUUUGUCACGUGUUUGCUGUCAUUUUUGAUCGAUUUUCUUUCAAAACGUUACUGACCUUAAACUUUUGAAUGGUAGUGUCUUAUAUAAUAAAAACUGAUAUUUCAUGCUUAAUUUUUUUUUCUUUUUCCUGUUGUCUUAUAGAUACAGUCACCAGUACACUGCAAAGAAGAUCUGUUGCGCAGAAAAAUAUAAUACCACUACAAAUGUCUGGCCUUCUGUAUGAUUGAAUCAGUAUACGCAAUCGCAAACAGCCCCCGCUUUUUCUCCUUCUCGUCCCCCCUUCUCUUUCCCUUCCUUGAAAGAGGCUGUAAUCAGAAGUAAGUCAAGCACGACAGAGAAACAUUUAAGAGGAGUAAUGAAAGGAGAUUGGGGAGCCAUUGAAGAAUAACACCCAGGCUGCUUUGCCACUGUCAAAUUGCAUCAGACUCUUGGUAAUAGAUUCUCCAGCAGACACUCAAUUUCAUUCAAAGGGGAGCCCUCUUUAUCCCAGUGCAUCAAAUAUUUAAACACUUGUAUUAGAGACAGUGUCAGUUCCUCAACUCUGAGCCCAGGCCACUGAUCCCCCCGCCACCUCAGUUCUUUUUCACUUGAUGUCACCCAUUCUCAAGGUGUUAUCUCUCGCUCCGAAGCUGCAUAUAUAGGCUUUCAUUUCAUUCCCGACACUUAAAAUGGUAUUAGCUCCUUUUUUCGAUAUUACAGUCUUUGUUGCUGCCUUGACUUUUCGAUUUCUUGGCGAACGGCUUAAGGAUCUCUGGAGAAAAGAAGAUUGAGGAGUCAGGGUGGAAGAGGAGGAGGAGAAGUGAGAGAGAUUGGCAGCAGCGGAGCGUUUGACCGACGCUGUUCAGACUCAGUCUAGCUUGUCAAAUCUUUGGACACAAAAUGAAUUGGCAUAUCUGCACCCUGCAUAGAGAUAUCUUUCACAGAGGCCGACGCUGCCGAAUUGUGGCGUGUGAACCGUUAGGAAGACAUCAAGUCAUUUGAGAUUGGAACAACUUGAGGGUAACAUGCAGUAACGUCAGAGUACAGAAGUGCAGCCUGGUAUGUCUGUAGGGCUUUUGAAGACAUGAAUACGGCAGGCGCCAAGACUCCUGGGAGGAAGCGAUCAAUGAUGGACACCAUAAUGCGUCUCGCUGUAUUCCUUGUCACACUCAAGCCUUCUGCCUGUGUUGGGAGUUCUUCGGUUCACACGCACACAUAUGCACAGAUGAUUUCCGUCAGAGAAUGACUGAUCUGUAAGGCUUAAGUCUUUAAUCAUUGAGUCAAGUGCUCUUCAGGCCUCUUCAUCACAUUACACUGAGUUUAAGUGGACACUUCAUUGCUCAAAUGGACCUCCAUCGGACUGCCUUUAAGAUGGAGAACUCCUCUUACAUGCCCAGCCCGCUGACCUCCCCUGCCCUCAUGGUUUUGGCAUCAACAGCUGAGGCUGGACGAGAUGCCUCUGUACCCUGCCAGCCCCCUCGGCCGUUUGGAGUGCCGGUCACUUUGGAAAAGGACAUGCACCUCUCGUUCCCCAGCGGCUCAUACACAUUUGCCUCCAUGUAUCAUCGGCAAGGAGGCUUUCCCACUCGAGACUUUCCCACCCCUCUGCUCCACCUUCACCCACAGUUUGCCCCACCCAAUCUUGACUGCUCACCGCUGGGUAUGCUCAACCACGGAGCAGUCGGGGCCUUCAGGCCGUUCUCCUCCCCACCUGAGGAGCGAGAUGCAGGGGUUUACCAGUCUGCCUUCCUCCCUGCCAAGCGCUUGAAGGGUUGUCUGGAACCAGAGGCAUCACCCCACCUCCGCUACACAGAUGUGGAGGGAAAAGAUUUUGACUUUGGGGGUGCGCAUGUUCCUACUGGUUCACCAAACACCCUAAAGGUAGCUGAGGAUGCUGGGAAGAAGCUCUUUGGCUUGUCUGGGCUGUUGGUAGAGGGUUCAUCUGGCCCAGAGGAGCACAAAGAACCAAGUAAAGUGAAGGCCCUAUAUGACACUCAGACGCCCAUGUGUCCGAUCUGUCAUGCUGUGCUGCGACCAGGAGAGCUGCAGGAACACAUGGAGCAGGAGAUGGAGCGUCUAAUGCAGCUGCACAAUAGUCAGGGUCUUGCUCAAAAGGAGUGUCUCGCUGCUGGGCCGCCUAAGUCUCUGUUCUCGAUGCACAUAAAGAGAGAGGGUUCCUCCUCCGCCUCCUCUCCACGUCCCGCUGAUGAGGCUGUGCACUCCGACAGGUACCAGACAUUUUUGCGAGUACGAGCAAACAGGCAAACAAGACUCAAUGUUAAGGAGCUCUGCUGGUGCAGGUGCUACGCCAAACAGAAAGUGAAAUCUGUUGAUGUUUGGCCUGACUGUGGAUUCCCACAUGUAUCUUCUUGCCCACUGUCUGCACGCAUUGGGAAACUUAAAAGACGGAAAGCAGAGGAAGACCAGAGAGACGGCGUGUGUGUUGUUGAAGAUGGCUCUGUGCUGUCAGCCGGGAGGGAGUUUGAGUGGGCCGAACAGAGAAGAAUACAGAUGGUUUCUGUUCUCAGAGGCUUCAGAGGUUUGGUGAGCAGCACAUUGAAAGAACAUCAGGACAGCGAUGCAGAUCUGGAUGUGGACGGGGAUGAUACUUUGGAAUAUGGAAAAGCGCAAUACACAGAGGCGGAUGUGAUUCCCUGUUCAGCAAAUGAACCCAGAGAUGCUGAGGAGAGGCAGGCGUUAAGAGGAGCUGUUUUAAAGUUGUCUCCAGAGCAAACCAAGUUGGCAAACUCAGAAACUCCUACUACAAGCAAUGGAGAGUUUAACAAUAAUACAAGCACAACAUCUCCAAAAACCUGUAAAAACAGCGAGUUAGAGAUCUUACCGGAUGACCCCUCCCUCAGUACGCUGGAGGCCCUGAAAACACGCAUCAGAGAUCUGGAGAAGCAGCUCACACGAGGGGACAGAUUCAAGUGUCUCAUCUGCAUGGAUUCCUACACAGUACCUCUGACCUCCAUCCAGUGCUGGCAUGUCCACUGUGAGGAAUGCUGGCUUCGCACCCUGGGAGCAAAGAAACUGUGUCCACAGUGCAACACUAUCACCUCACCUGGGGACCUGAGACGAGUGUAUUUGUGAAAAGUUAAAGCUGUCCUAUCAUCUGCCUGUUUGCACUCUACACAAACGGAUCAUUUUAACUGAAGAGAACCUUUCUGGGCUGAGGCAAAACUUAGAGGACGUCUUGCCCAACAGAGUCAUUGCCCAAAAGUUCCUGUUGGAACACAACCCAGUUACAUGAAGACCACUGUGUUCAUUUCUUAAUGAAAUGGUAAAGUUUUAAAGUACAAAUCUGCCGUAACAAUAUUGUAAGGACAGUAAAACCGAUCACCAAAUGUUGUUUCUAUGUAUAAAACCUUGUUUUAUAAAAUAAUGUUAUAAGUUAUUCUCAUAGAGAAAGUUCUAAAGCAAUUGGUCAAAUAGUUUUGUGAAUGUUUACACUGAAGAGUUCUGAAAUUGGUAAGCGGUUAACUUUGAAAUCAUUCAUAAACAGUGUUUUGUGUAGAAUGCGCAGAAAAGCAAAGAAUCUUGUACAUUUAUUUUCCAUGCUUCUGUACCUGUAAUUUAAUAGUGAAUGGAAUCCUUUAAAUAUGGUUUAAGAUAAAUUAUCAUUUCAGCUGUCACACAGGUGAUAGUGUAGUUGUUUAUAUUAUGCAUUUUUUGUCUCAUGAUGCCCUUAUCCUAAGCAUGCGUUAAAAAACUCAAAGACAAGAGACUGAAUAUGAUGCAAAGUUACAAAGCCAUUCUCACAAGGUUUGUAGAUUCAAAAAGUGCUAAUUUUAUCAAACAGUUCACAUGCAUAAACAAAAAUAGUUUUUACUACAAGGUUCAGCAACAGAUAUUCUGAGUUGAAUUAGCUCCCUGUAUAUUUUUGACAUUUUUUGCUCUUCUACUUCAACUUAAGAUGCUGUGCAGAUUGAAUUGUCUACAUUCUUGUAAUGAAUUAAUAUUUAAUCCCUAACAGGUGAUUGGCAGGUUAUUGUAUUGAUAUGUACUGUACAGCAGAGCUGCAUCGGGGAGAACGUGCUUCCCUCCCUCAGCAGGUGGAAUUGAUUCUUAAUGCAGGAUAUGGACGCUGAGGCUGAUCUCUGCUUAGCCUUCACUCCUCUCCACUGCCAAGCAGAAUAAAGGUCUGUUGACACUGAGUCACUAUAGGCUACGACAUUAUGACUCAAGGAACUAAGCUCAGAACUAACAGAAAAGGAGUUCAAUUUCCUUUGUGGUAUUUUAGCAAUAGUUUUAUUACUGUCUAGACACUAUAGUAAAGUUACUACAGGUAACUGAAAGAUCGUGAAGCACUUUUGAUAGAACUGAAAUA